GGUCAAGACUGGUUGAGUGUUACGUUAUUCCCUCUCAUAUGAUAGGGAUCAUAUGAGCUUUAUUGUUCUUUGCAAUCGGGAUGGCUAAGCAUAUUUUACUUAGUGAAAGUGAAAGUGUCUGUAUAAGUUUUUCAUGCGUCAUGCAUCCGAACAGAACUAGAUCAGAAAAACGAGAAUCUACGAUUAGUAACCGAAUGUUUGUUUAAUUGUAGCCUUAUAUUCAAUUGUAGCUCGUGCAGGAAGUUCUACUUGAUGGGGAAUAAACAUUUUGAGAAGCUGUAACGCCACAUUUUGUUCAAGUUUUUUUGAUUCAUCAAGAAAACAGAUGCAGCUCGAUGAAGACUGACUGAAUCAUGGAGGACAAACAAACAUUAAAACAAGAUAUUUAUCCAGAAUGCAGGGAGCGAUCAAACUCACCGGAGUCCAGCUGUGUGUCCAUGAAGAGUGACCGGUCUAUGAAACUGCCAGUAAAUGUUGAGGGAGGACACACAUCAACUGAUCUUAGGGAGCGAUCAAACUCACCGGAGUCCAGCUGUGUGUCCAUGAAGAGUGACCGGUCUAUGAAACUGCCAGUAAAUUUUGAGGGAGGACACACAUCAACUGAUCUGAGUGACAGAUCAAACUCACCGGAGUCCAGCUGUGUGUCCAUGAAGAGUGACCAGUCUAUGGAGCAGCCAGAAGUACAACUUGAGAGAGGACACGCAUCAACUGAUCUGAGCACAUACAAACCAAAUCUGCUGAAGAAGUUUCAGUGCCUGCAUGAAGGAACAGCAAAGCAGGGAAACCCAACACUCCUGAAUGAGAUCUACACAGAGCUCUACAUAACAGAGAGUGAAAGUGGAGAGAUCAAUAAUGAGCAUGAGGUGAGACAGAUUGAGACACAGUCCAGGAGAGCAGCAACCGAGGACACACCAAUCAAAUGCAAUGACAUCUUUAGAGCUUUACCUGGACAAGGCAAAGCCAUCAGAACUGUGCUGACAAAGGGAGUCGCUGGCAUUGGAAAAACGGUCUCUGUGCAGAAGUACAUUGUGGACUGGGCUGAAGGGAAAGAGAAUCAGGACGUCCAGCUCAUAUUUCCACUUCCUUUCAGAGAGCUCAACUUGAUGAAGGACAAAACACUCAGUCUUUUAGAUCUUCUUCAUGACUUUUUCCCUGAAACUAAAGAAAUUCAAAUAUCUAGUAGUGAAUAUAAAGUGUUGUUCAUCUUCGAUGGUCUGGAUGAGUGUCGUCUGUCUCUGGAUUUUCAGAGCAAUGUGAGGUUGUGUAAUGUGAGUGAAUCAGACUCCGUGAACGUGCUGCUGAUGAACCUCAUUGUGGGGAAUCUGCUUCCCUCUGCUCUCAUCUGGAUCACCUCCAGACCAGCAGCAGCUGAUCUCAUCCCCUCUGAGUGUGUCCAUCGAGUGACAGAGGUACGAGGCUUCAAUGAUCCACAGAAGGAGGAAUACUUCAGGAAGAGAAUCAGUGAUCAGAGUCUGGCUGAGAGGAUCAUCUCACACCUGAAGUCAUCAAGGAGCCUCUACAUCAUGUGCCACAUCCCAGUCUUCUGCUGGAUUUCAGCCGCUGUUCUAGAGAAGAUGUUGAGUGGAGCAGAGAGCGGAGAGAUUCCCAAGACUCUCACUCAAAUGUACACACACUUCCUGAUCAUUCAGACCAAUAUCAGACAUAAGAAGGACUAUGUGAAGAAAGUUAAAAAUGAAGACCCGAUUGUCAAACUGGGGAGACUGGCUUUUCAGCAGCUUGUGAAAGGCAACCUGAUCUUCUAUGAGCAAGACCUGAGACAGUGUGGCAUUAAUGUGACAGAAGCAUCAGUGUACUCAGGAUUGUGCACUCAGAUCUUCAGAGAAGAGUCAGGCUUGUUUAAGGGGAAAGUCUUCUGCUUUGUUCAUCUGAGCAUCCAGGAACAUCUAGCUGCUCUAUAUGCACACUGCUCCUUCACACAUGACAACAUCUGUGUGUUUAGACAAAGUUCGGUCAACGUUUUAAACCUAAGGAAAUAUGUAAUAUCUGAGCUGCUUCAGAGAGCAGUGGAUGAGGCUUUACAGAGUAAGAAUGGACAUCUGGAUCUUUUCCUGCGUUUUCUUCUGGGUCUGUCACUGGAGUCCAAUCAGACUCUCUUACGAGAACUACUGACACAGACAGGAAGAUGCUCCUACAACAAAGAGGAAACAGUUCAGUUCAUCAAGCAGAAGAUCAGGGAAAAUCAAUCUCCAGAGAGAUUCAUCAAUCUGUUCCACUGUCUGAAUGAACUGGGUGAUGAUUCACUGAUGCAGGAGAUCCAAGAUUAUCUGAGAUCUGAAGAAAUAGGAGAAAUCAGACUCUCCUCUUCACAAUGGUCAGCUCUGGUGUAUGUGUUGCUUACAUCAGAGCAGGAGAUGGAUGUUUUUGAUCUGAAUCAGUUUAUUGGAGAACAAAAUACAGCAGAUGAAGUUCUUCAGAAGCUGCUGCCUGUGGUUAAAGAAUCCAGAUCAGUUCAGUUGUGUGUUUGUGGUUUCACACAUAAAGGUUGUGCAGCUCUGGCUUCAGCUCUGAGUUCAAACUCCUCACACAUGAGAGAACUGGAUCUGACUGGAAAUAAAAUACGAGAUGCUGGAGUGAAGCUGCUCUUGGAUGGACUGAAGGAUCCUCACUGUAAACUGAAAAAACUAAGGUUGAGUGAUUGUGGAGUCACAUAUGAAGGUUGUGCUGAUCUGGCUUCAGCUCUGAAAUCAAACCCCUCACACCUGAAAGAACUGGAUCUGACUGGAAAUGAACUAAAAGGCUCAGAUGUGAAGCUGCUCUCUGAUCUGAAGGACGAUCCAAAUUAUGAACUGGAGAUGCUUAGGUUUUAGAUGUUAGUCUGAUCAGCUGAUGGUGAAUAAAGAGCCACUGCAGACAGACAUCACAUUCAACAGAAUCAACAGACAUAAAGUGAUAGUGAUCAUUACACACACGUGUGUGUGUGUGUGUGUGCGCGUGCAAAACUGUACAAAAUGAUCCACCCUUGAUUUUAAGAACUUAAAAGAACUUUUUUUUUUGUUCUUCAGAAUUUACAUUUGUACUGGUACCACAUUUAACAUAAUAGUUUUACAAGUUGUUUGUGACAAUCAAUGUUUAGUUCAGUUCUUACUACAAUAGAUUUAAACCCAACAAAUGCCUAGGAUUGAGUUAAAGUACUGGUCUUCAUUUAUGAUUAAUUAACUUGAAAAGCUUAAAAAAAAAAAAAAAGCUCCUGGAGGUCAUUUCUGGAUGUCUGUAAUCUGAUCUAAUAUUGAAGUGCCGCU